GUCUCGAAAGCAUCUUCUGAGCUCAUGAAUUACUGCGAGCAACAUGCCAGGAACGACCCGCUGCUGGUUGGAGUGCCCGCUUCGGAGAAUCCUUUUAAGGACAAAAAGCCUUGUAUCAUCCUAUAG